CCGUUCUCGUGGAUCGGGUCCCUGGCGGGAUUCGCACCUCCUCCCCGUCCUCCUGCGGAUUGGCAGGCGUAGGACGCGCUCCCACCCCUUCUCCUCCUCCCCCGUUUCGAUGCCCGGCGCAUGCCCACCCGAACCUGCUCGCUGCAGCCGAGGACUUCACCGAACCCGGAGUGGCCGCACAAGCGGCGCCGAGCAGAGCGAAGCCGCGGCUCCUGCUCUCCGCUGAUGGGGCUCGGCGCUGCGAUAGUUGCCCGAGGGUAGGCGUUAAUGCCUGCCUAGGUCCCGGGCUGCAGCGAGGGGCGUCGGUUCCUUCGCCCAGCUCCCGUUACUAGGAAGACGGAGAGUGGGGGUCGUGCCGUGCCGGGUUGUUCGGGCAGCGAGGCCGGUCCGAGGAUGAGACGCGCCCGGAGGUUGGUCCAUCUGGUCGUCUUCUGCCCGUUCUCUAGGGCUCUGCAGAAGCGCCUCCCUGGUGUCAAAGUGAAGUACCUGUUCUUGAUGUGGUUAGGAAUCUUGCUUGGCAGCUGGGUGCUUUAUAUGCACUACUCCUCCUAUUCAGAAUUGUGCCGAGGUCAUAUCUGCCAAAUGAUCAUUUGUGAUCGUUAUAAGAAAGGAAUUAUUUCUGGAUCUGCAUGCAAGGACUUGUGUGAAGAAAACAAGUUGCUGUUUCAACAGUGCCUAUCAUCAAACCCUGUGAAUCAGGUUUAUAGUGGUAUAUGGAGAGGGAAGGAAGUCAUUAUUAAGUGUGGGAUAGAAGAUGCCUUCAGAGCGGACCUAAACCCAGAGACUCUGCCUCGGAGAGAUGUUGUGCUGUUCGACAAACCGACUAGAGGUACCUCAAUGGAGGAGUUCAAGGAGAUGCUGCUAACAUUCCUAAAGGCUAGUCUUGGAGAUCAACAAUCACUUGGAAACCUUGUUACCAGAAUAAUCAGCAUGGCUGAUAUUAACCAGGACAAGAAGGUGUCAUUAGCAGAAGCAAAGUCUAUCUGGGCUUUGCUUCAGCUGAAUGAGUUUUUAUUGAUAGUUUCUCUGCAUGAGAAAGAACACACAGCACAGUUGCUGGGCUUCUGUGGAGAUUUGUACAUCACCGAGAAGAUCCCCUACCACUCCCUCUACAGCAUCAAGGUGCCACAUUUCCUUGAGGCAGUUUUACCUUCAGUGUUGCAGAAGAGCCUGAACCAAUGGUUUGCUCCUGCAUGGCCCAGGCGAGCAGAAAUCACCAUUGGACUCCUAGAAUUUGUGGAGGAGAUUUUUCACGGCACUUACGGUAGUUUUUAUAUCUGCGACACCGACCCAGGUAACAUCGGCUACAAUGAGAAAUAUGAUUUUAAAAUGGUUAACCUCAGGAAGGUGGUAACAGAGAUGACGCUUAAAGAUUUCUAUAAAGGGCGUCAUUGUGAACACAACACAGACUGCACACACGGAAAGGACUGCAUAGCAACUUGUGACAAACUCAUGAAGCAAUGCAAUACUGAACUGAUACAGCCAAAUCUGGCCAAAAUUUGUGGUUUACUGCAGGAAUAUCUGCUGUACGGAGCACCUACUGAUUUCAGGGAUGAACUACAAAAACAUUUACAAACCUGCAUGACUCUGAAUGGCUUAGCAAGCCAGAUGGAGGUACAUCAUUCACUGCUGUUGAACAACAUCAAAACACUACUUUGGAAAAAGAUCUCUAACACCAAAUAUUCUUAAAGGGUUAGAGAUUCUCUAAGCAUUGUAUUUGGAAUCUUUAACAUCACUUAUAAAUUAGUAUUAUCUGUGUCAACAACUUCGUAAAAUUCUAGGCAAGUAGCUGUAGAUCCUAAUAAGGCAAUUUAAAAUAACCUUUACAUUGUCAGACUUUAAACCUGUUGUAGUGUGAGGGAUGAAAAUGAUAUUAAAGAUGAAAUAUAGCGGUUGCAGAACAAGAAACAUUCAUUUGGUUGUGGGUUUUUGCUAAUCAUUAGGGAAUUGUCCCACUAGUUAGUCUCAAUCAUGAGUAUAAUUUUUAUCAACAGAAUAUGAUCCAUUAGUAAUAACCUUCAACCUGCCAUCUUCUUUAACCCAUGGUGAAUGUCACAAAUAUUGAGUAUGUCAGUAUGCUAGUGACUUCCCCGAAAAGUUGCAAUUCAAAUAUUUACCUUCUACAGAUACAAGAGGAUCUGAAGUAACGAUCUGCUGCAGCAAUUCAGCAUGUCAAGCAACAUCAGUGUAGGGAAAGGAAUUGAAGCAGGGUUUCAAGCCAAAGCACCAACAAUUCCACUCACCUUUCUGCACAGUGACACUAAUAUCUCCAAAACUUUAGUCCUCAACUUCGCUUCUGAUUGUGCUAUCACCAGAACCUUCAUAACUCCCUCAGUAGCUCUAAGCAACAUCUUCUACAUGCCACCCCCAACUUUUCUACAUACAAGCUUCAUUCAUUUUCCUAAUCUCACUUGUACCAUAUGGUCUUAUAUUUAGGUAGCGAGGAAGAGGUGCUACUUCGAACUCCAGUUUUUUUUUAGCUUGUCGCACCAGACAUUCAGCCAAUCUUGUCUGGUGCGUGGUGUCAUGAUUGGUCUCCUUUCGGAUUAAUCGGGUCACGAUAUGAAUGUUCCUGACUCGACCCUUGUUUUUUUUUUAAACGAGGCCAAGUGGCUAGCUCGACACUCAACCUGCCACGGAUGGAAAGCGUGCUUGGGAGUGGCUCAACUUGGAUUCGAACUUGGGAAUCUUUGCUCCGGAAUCUGGCGCUGAUGCAAUUCCUUUCACUUUUCCUUUUCCUUUUCCCUUCUCCAAACAUACUUAUACCACCUGCAAGACAAAGACAAUUUGCACAUGGGAAUGCCACUACCUGCAAAUUCUUAUUUAAAUGACCCAUUAUUUUACCAGAAAUAUGUCAUAGUUACUUCAGCAUGACUGAGUCUACAUUCUACUAUUCCCUACCUAAUGACACUAGGAGUACCCUCACCAGAUGGUCUACAACUGUUCAAAGUGACUCACCUGCACCUUCUCAGAGGUAAUGAUAGGAAAUAAACAACUGCUAUGCCAAGAAUGUCUUGUAAAUAAAUAAAUAAAUACCAAAAGAAAAUAGGUGGAUCAUUGUGCUAAUAUAUGUCUACUGUGUUCUCAGUUUGAUGGUGUUGUUUUAAUGUGCUUCAUCUC